GCUAGGUGAGAUCAACCCAAAGCGCGUACGGACCAAUCUCUCCCUCUCCAUUAUUCCAAUUCAACUUCCUGCUCCCACUCUCUCUUUGAUUUCAUCGGUCCCUAAAUACUUAAGUCGUCCACUUUCCUCUCUCCCUUCCACUUCUCGACGGAUUCCGGGAAACCCUUUCCUUUCCUUUCUCUCUCUCUUUUGAAUCCUCGUCCUCAUUUCAUUUUCUUUUUUCUUUCUCUCCAACAAGUCAAAACACAUUUCUUCUCCUCUCUGUCUCUUGAAAAAUAAAUGGCGUCUUCUCUCUCAACAACAGCUUCUGCUUCCUUUUCUUCGGUCGUUAAAACUAACGCUACCUUGCCUCAUUCUACUAACCUUCCGCUCUCCAAGGUCUCCUUUCGCUUCUCUCUGAGGCCAAACCUCCGAUUCUUCUCCAAGAGUUUGCAGCCUGGUCAGAGCUGUUCUGCUGUGGUGAAAGCCCAACUGGAUGAGGUAAACUUCUUUAAAUGUUUUCGGUUAGAGGAUCUAUUUUCAAAUUUUCGUUCCUUCCUAGACACGCUUUUGGGAUCAUCUAUUGACUUCAAGGUAGCCAAAGAUGGAUCAUCAAAUGUUUCUGCUACACCUCCAGUCAAAUCAAGGGCACCAACAGCAGAAGAGAAGGAUGUGAAGCCAUCAAGUGAUGUAUCUGCUCCAGCUUUGCCCACAGAAGAAUCAAUCUCAGAGUUCCUUAAUCAAGUUUCAAGUCUAGUCAAGCUAGUUGAUUCAAGAGAUAUUGUGGAGUUGCAACUGAAACAACUUGACCGUGAACUGAUAAUCCGGAAAAAGGAGGCCUUGCCCCAAUCACCAUCUGCAGCUCCGGUUGCUAUGAUGCAGUCACCCUCUCUACCACCUGUAAUGCCUCCAAUCCCAACUGCACCUGCCCCAGCACCUUAUGCCCCAACUCCAGCACCUUCUCCAGCUGCCCCAAAGUCAACCAAAUCGUCACUUCCACCUUUUAAAUGUCCAAUGGCUGGCACAUUCUACCGAAGUUCAGCUCCUGGUGAACCACCAUUUGUGAAGGUUGGAGACAAAGUGCAGAAGGGUCAGGUCUUAUGCAUUAUUGAGGCAAUGAAGUUGAUGAAUGAAAUAGAAGCUGAUAAAUCAGGAACGGUAGUUGAGAUCCUUGUAGAAGAUGGCAAAGCAGUCAGCGUUGACAUGCCUUUGUUCGUGAUUGAACCCUGAAAAACAAAGACUCUUGAGUGGGCAAAGCCAAACGAUGGAGUAAAAACUAUGGAGGGCAGGUUGAGUCUGUCUAUUUCUGGUAAUGUUGUGAGAUGCGGCAUUGUUUUGUUUUGAUUGAGUGUUUUUGCUUGAGUUGGUAGAAAUGCAAAUGACUCAGUUACCAUAAUGAAAUAUUUAUUUAUGAUGGGAACUUAUUACUGCAUUUGGGAAUGGUAGUUUUUUCACAUUCUUUUUUUUUUUUUCCUCUUUCAAAAUUUGGAUUCAUUAACUGGACUAAUUAACCAUGGGCAGUUUCUUCUAUAGUCUGGUGGCUCUUAUACAAUUCUAAUUUUAUAGUCUGUAGAAAAGUGAGCGAAUCUAUAAUAUAUAUUUCAUGCUCGACUUGGCUUGAGGUUCAGUGCAGUUUAUCUUCAUUUCUAGAAAUCCUAUGUUUGGGAAGAAACUGUAGUAAAAAUGUAGAUCUCAGGACUAACCAGAUGCUUCGGCCAACUUUCAGGUUCAGUGCAGUUCAACCUUUAGGUUAGUCAGGCUUAGCCGUAAUAAAACUAGUAAGUGCUAGAGAGCUAGAAAUUUGUGCAUUGUUCAUUUUUCUCAUUUUUUUCCCCAUUUUGUUAGUUUAAUAUAUUUUCUCUGUAAUACUUUCCUUUUUAUUUACACAAAGUGGCCAAGGGCUAAGACAUAUUGGAGAAGAAAAUUUUGCUAAGUAAUAGAUACCGAAUUUUAAUCUUGUUGGAAUCCAGCUAGUGAA